AUGGAAGAAGCACAAGUGUCCAUGAUGGACGGGAAGGUUGACGUCCGUCUGCAGCGUGUCCCUAUCCCUAAGCCGGGACCCGGUCAAGUCCUCAUUAAAGUUGUCGCCAGUGGAACAAAUCCCAAGGACUGGAAGUUCCCAGCAUGGAUGCCACAGUUCAGCGGCACCAACACCGGCGAUGAUAUUGCCGGGUAUGUCCACGAGGUUGGCGAGAGCGUCGUGGGGUUUAAGGUGGGCGACCGCGUCGCGGCCUACCAUGACUACAGGACACCACAUGGCAGCUAUGCCGAAUAUGCCAUCGGGGAAGCCUAUGCUACAUUCCACAUUCCGGAGACAAUCUCCUUUGAACAGGCGGCUACAAUCCCACUUGCGGCUAUGACUGCGUCGUUGGCUCUGUUUUCUCGUCUGGGGUUGCCUGAGCCGUGGUUCAAGGAGAAGAGCUGGGCUCAGAAGCCAGAGGGGGGAGUGCUAGUCUACGGCGCUGCGAGUGCAGUGGGGACCUUUGCCAUCAAGCUUCUCCAGAAAGCGGACAUUCAUCCUAUUAUUUGUGUUGCGGGCCGUGGAAAGGACUUUGUGCGCAGUCAUCUCAGCGAGGAAAAGGGGGAUGUGGUCAUUGAUUAUCGGGAAGGGGAAUCGGCUGUGGUUGCUGCGCUUAAGGAAGCCGUACCCAAGGGGAAGAAACUGCGUUAUGCGUUGGAUGCUGUCAGUGAGAAGGAGAGUUUUUCUGUUGUCUGCCAGGUGCUGGAUCCCGCCGGUGGUGCGAUGUCUGUUGUCAGUCCCGUGGGACCCGAGGAGUGUCCGGAGGGUAUCCGUGUUGAAUUCACCGACGUCGGCAGGGCUCACAAGGAUGACAAGGAGUUUGCAUAUACCUGGUCGAGAUUCUUCACUCUCGGUCUCAGUGAAGGAUGGUUCACACCUCAUCCUCAUCAGGUCAUCCCGGGGGGCCUCAGCGGAGUCCAGGUGGCGUUGACCAACCUGAUGGAAGGGAAGGCUAGUGCAGUCAAAUAUGUUGUCAAGAUUAAGGAUGUGUAG